AUGUAUCGCGCCACCCUCAAGGCGCCAGUGCCGCUGUAUAAUGCAGAAGAGCAGCAGAUCGCAGAGACUGGGCCGCCGAUUAUUUGUGCGCCUGCCACCCCAACGUGCAAAGACGACCAGCGCGCGUACAAUCUAGUUUCAUGGAACGUCCUCAGCGACACAGUGACGUUGCCCACGAGCACUAUGCGCGCCUGCAUGGCAUCAGCCGUGUGCGGAGAUGAAGGAUACAAGACAGAUGAGCCAACGAAGCUGCUCGAGCGCACCGUGGCUCAGCUUGCAGGCAAAGAGGCGGCUUUGUUCUGUGCCAGUGGCACCCAGGCGAAUCAACUUGCGAUUCAUGCCCACUUGGCGAGAUGCACGCUACCCAGCGCCGUCAUAUGUGAUUUUCGAGCUCAUAUACACGCAUGUGAAAUGGGCGGUAUUGCAUACCAUUCGCGAGGAACAACCGUGCCACUCAUGCCGAGGAACCAACACCAUUUGACGUUGAAAGACAUCCAGACACACUGUGAAUCCCACGGGUCUACUUAUGCCACACGAGUCCAAGUCAUAUCGCUGGAAAAUACGCUACAGGGCAUGAUUUUCCCGCACGAUGAAGUGCAGCGGAUCGCUACGCGUUCUUGCCGCUGCGGCGCAUCAAGCAUUGCAUGA